AUUGCAGCACAACCCACUGCAGUGUGGGUCCUCGCGGCAAAAGAAAUAUACAAAUUCUGGAAGUAAUUGGAAUAAGUGCCAUAAAAACAAGCAAAAAAAACUUAAACAAGAUUGUGUGCGUUGCUGAAAAAGAGGCAAAAAAGAUCAACAUCAUUGCACAGGCAUCUUCUCCACUGUUCCAACCGACAGAUACAUAAAUUACGCAUUUACAGAACUAUGUUGCAUCAAUCGAGUGGAUAGGCGCCAUUAAAGUUAACUACACUUUCGAAAAAAAAGCACGUGACGAACCACAAUCAAUCUUGGCGCCAAAAUGAUCCACGGCCAGAUGGAAGACUCGAAGUAUUGGAUACGGCAGAAAAUUUUGAAUCCGAACCAACGCCAACAGUUGGAAGAUAAUCGCCGCAUCAAAGAGCAGAUGCAGCAGUUGCAAAAAGCAUAUAAUAAAUCGCCAACCCACACGCAAAUACGCAAGAUAAAAUAUCAGGCCGACGAUGUGAACCUUCUGGAUGAACACGAUUCUUUCUACCACACCACCAAAAGCCUUUUAGUCUUGUUCCAGAUCAUGGGCGUCAUGCCAAUCGUAAGAAGUCCUAAAGGGGUCAACAUGCCGCGCACCACGUUCACGUGGGUCUCAAAGUUCUUUAUUUGGGCCUACUUCAUCUACGCCUGCGAAACGGCCGUAGUGGUGCUGGUGGCGAAGGAACGCAUCAACCGAUUCAUUUCGACCAGCGACAAACGCUUCGACGAAGUCAUCUACAACAUCAUCUUCAUGAGCCUUUUGGUUCCCCAUUUUCUUCUCCCCUUUGCAUCGUGGCGGAAUGGAUCCCAGGUGGCCAAGUUCAAGAACAUGUGGACCGACUUCCAGUACAAGUAUCUGAUGGUCACCGGAAAACCGAUCGUCUUUCCGCAGCUCUAUCCGAUCACAUGGGCGCUGUGUGUUGUAUCGUGGAUUGUCAGUAUCGUGAUCAUACUGUCCCAGUACUAUUUGCAACCGGAUUUCCAGCUAACACACACUUUCGCCUAUUAUCACAUAUUAGCGAUGUUGAAUGGGUUCUGCAGUUUAUGGUUUGUUAACUGUAACGCCUUUAGAACUACGAGCAAAGCUUUUUCCCUGGAGCUGAUGGAUAUUUUAGGCACUGAAAAACCUGCCGACAAGUUGACCGAGUAUCGACACCUGUGGUUGGACCUCAGUCAUAUGAUGCAACAAUUAGGAAAAGCUUACUCGAACAUGUACGGCAUCUAUUGUUUGGUGAUUUUCUUCACCACAAUUAUCGCCACCUAUGGAGCACUGAGCGAAAUCAUGGAGCACGGGGCAACCUAUAAGGAGGUUGGUUUAUUCGUCAUUGUGCUCUACUGCAUGGGUCUGCUGUUCGUCAUCUGCAACGAGGCCCAUCACGCCUCCAGAAGGGUUGGACUGAACUUCCAAGAGCGGCUACUCAAUGUGAACCUGACGGCCGUAGAUAAGGCGACACAGAAGGAGGUGGAAAUGUUUCUGGUGGCCAUUGAUAAAAAUCCACCAACGAUGAACCUGGACGGAUAUGCAAACAUCAACCGCGGAUUGCUUACAUCGAACAUAUCGUUCAUGGCAACUUACCUGGUGGUCCUGAUGCAGUUCAAGCUGACCUUACUACGACAAAGUGCUAGAAAAGCACUCAUUCCAGCUCUCAGAGCGAAUCUAACUUAUCCAAGUUAGAAGCUAACACAAGACAACAAAUACGAUGUUUGCUUGAUUGAUGAAUCAACUUAUUGUAUAACGUCCAAAUUGGUAAAACUAUCAGUACACUCUAAAAAAAUCUAAACUGAACGCGGUGCGGUUGAUCUGGUGGUCUUUUAUACACAUGCCAUACUCAGUAUAACUUUCAUGAUGAUAAUGCUGAAUAGUUACUUUUUAGGUUACUUUUUGGACUACGCUAAACACAUGUCUUGUCAAAUAUUUGAGUAUUGAACAGAGUGUACUAUGACUUCAACAAGUAAUGAAUUGAAAAGGUCAAGAAUUGGAACAAUAUUAAAAUACUGAAGGUGAAUUUCUUUCAGGAUUGGAAUAAACCAUUGCACAUUGCUUUCCUUCA